CUUAGAGAAGAAGUGAAUAGUGUGUUGAAAAUUAGGUAGCAGAAAGAACCAAAAUGGGGGAAGAGAAAGAAGAUCCACAGAAACUGAAGCGAUUAGCGGCGGAUUCUUACGAUUGCGACAACGACUCUCGAUGGCCCGAUUACUGGGCCAACGUUCUCAUCCCUCCGCGUAUGUCUUCUCGCUCCGACGUCGUUUCCCACUUCAAACGCAAAUUCUAUCAACGCUAUGUUAUAACUAACUAUCACACGUGCUAACGCUAUGUUCCUUCCAAACUAUCACACGUACGGUACAUCCAUGUCCCAUCUCCCCAAACUCAACCCUUUCAAACACCCCUUUCCCUCUAUCACCAAAUCCUUCUCGUUGAACCCGGUCCACUUCUCCCUCAAAAAACCCGGUUCACUCCCAUUCUCCUCAACAACCGGAAUUCUAUCCUUCUGCGCCGCCACUAAAAACCUCCGUUUAGGAAAAACAAUUCACGCUUCAAUCCUCAUCAAUGGAUUCAGCAAACCCGCUCUCAAUUCCCUCAUCAACAUGUACUCCAAAUGUAACCGAAUCGAAACCGCGAGGUAUUUGUUUGAGUCUUCUCAUAAUCAUUUACUGGAUGAUGUUUCUUGGAAUUCAAUUAUUAAUGGUUAUGUUAGGUUAAGUAGUAAGACUAGUUGUAGUGAGGCUUUUAAGCUUUUAGUUAGAAUGCAUCGAUUUGGAUUUGGUUUUAGCGAUUAUACUUUGAGUAGUGUGCUUACCGCUUGUUGUUAUGUUGAUGAUAGUUUUUUUGGGAAAUUGAUUCAUGGAUUUGGAAUUAAGCUUGCUUUGGAUUUGAAUGUUGUGGUUGGAACUGGUUUAGUUGAUAUGUAUGCCAAAACCGGAUGUUUAUCGGAUGCUGUUAGGGUUUUUGAGAGGUUUGAUUGGAAGAAUGAUUUUAUGUAUAAUGCUAUGAUUGCUGGGUUUUUGCAUGACAAGAGUGGUGUGUGUUAUGGAAAUGCACGGGAAGCGCUUGGUGUUUUUAGGGAGAUGAGGAGGGAGGGAUUGAAGUGUUCGAAGUUUACGUUCUCGAGUAUUGUGAAGGCGUGUGUUGGUGUUGGAGAUUUUGAGGUUGGGAGACAGAUUCAUGGUCAGGUUUUUAAGCAUGGUCUACAGGUUGAUGAGUUUGUUUGCAGUUCGUUGGUGGAGUUGUACUCGUUUUUUGGUUCAAUUGGAGAUGGAUUGAGGUGUUUUGAGAUGACGCGUAAAUUAGAUGUUGUCUUGUGGACGUCGGUGAUUGCAGGCUGUGUUCGGAAUGGACGGUUUGAAAAUGCUUUGUCUUUGUUCUAUCGAUUUUUGGCUAACGGGAGAAAAUUGGAUGAGUUCAUUGUAUCAUGUGUGAUUGGUGCUUGUGCCGAUAUGGCUGCCGCAAGGACUGGAGAGCAGAUCCAGGGUUAUGCAUUGAAAUUUGGUGUUGCAAAUUUUACCAUUGUUAAAAACUCACAGAUUUGCAUGUAUACUAAGGCUGGGGACAUAGAUUCCGCUCGGAUCACCUUUCAAGAGACAGAAAAUCCUGAUGUGGUGUCAUGGUCUGUGUUGAUUUGCAGCUAUGCACAACAUGGUUUAACUAACGAAGCUCUUAGACUUUUUGAGUCGAUGACUAUCUCUGGGAUUGAGCCGAACCAGGUCACAUUACUUGGAGUCCUAACUGCUUGUAGCCAUAGAGGUUUCGUUCACGAAGGAUUAAGGUACUACAAAACCAUGAAGAAAGAUUAUGGCAUUGCUGCUAAUGUAAAGCACGGUGCUUGCAUUGUUGACCUCUUAGGCCGUGCUGGAAGGCUAGAGGAAGCUCAGAGAUUUAUUAUGGAUUCCGGUUUUGAGGAUGACCCAGUAUUGUGGCGGGCCUUGCUCGGUGCUUGCAAGAUCCAUAAGGAUACUGACAUGGGAAAGUGUAUUGCUGACAGAGUAAUAGAGCUUGAACCUCAUGAAGCAGCGUCUUAUGUGCUUCUUUACAACAUCUAUAAUGAUGUGGGGGAAAAGAAACAUGCUUUAGAGGUUCGGAAGCUCAUGCAAGAUCGAGGAAUUAAAAAGGAACCUGGUAUAAGUUGGAUUGAGGUAGGAAAUACAGUUCAUACGUUUUUGGUGGAUGAUCGUUCUCAUCCAAUGAGUGAACUGAUUUAUUCAAGGUUGGGAGAAAUGUUGGUAAAGAUAAAGAAAAUUAGCUUCCACGAUGAGAAGCUUCCUUUGGGCAUCUCUGAAACAAAACAAAGUGGUGCCAUCAAAAUGAACCACCAUAGUGAAAAGUUAGCCGUAACUUUCGGAUUUAUAUCUUUACCAAAAUCAGCACCAGUGAGGGUGAUGAAGAACUUGAGGGUUUGCUCUGAUUGCCAUACAACAAUGAAACACAUCUCCAAUGUGGAGAAGAGAGAAAUAGUUCUUCGAGAUUCUAUUCGUUUCCAUCAUUUCAAAGACGGUUUAUGUUCUUGUAAAGAUUAUUGGUAACAAAAAAAUCAUUUCCGUUGAUAGCAUAUUUUUUACAAAAUAUUUGGCUAAUUAAUUGAAGGAACAUAUUACCAAGCUCCUAAGCCAUUAUUCUCAAAUCUCCUCUGCAAGACAAGAUUGAUUUCUAAUGAAGAAAGGUAUU